GGGAGCGUGCGUGUUUGCGUGUGUGACGCACUUUGCGCCCCGCUUCGGCCCGGUGUGGACCUCUCGCGUGAGGAGAACGUCGUCGUCGUCGUUUGAGGCGUCGCUGCUCUAGAAGUUCCGCCGCCGCCGACGCUGCUGCCUUCGCUUCGUGGUGCGCGAGGAGCGGGGCCCAGCCGGGCCGCACUCCGCCUCCAGGCCCAGCGCAGGCCCGAGAAGCCGGUUUUGAAAACUUGAAACAACUUCAAAAUGUUUAAUAAAUCAUUUGGAACGCCUUUCGGAGGCAACACCGGAGGCUUUGGGACAACAUCAACUUUUGGUCAGAAUACUGGCUUUGGCACCACGAGCGGAGGAGCGUUUGGGACAUCUGCAUUUGGAUCCAAUAAUAACACAGGAGGACUCUUUGGGAGUGCGCAGACCAAACCUGGAGGAUUAUUUGGUUCAAGCACUUUCAGCCAGCCGGCUACCUCUUCCACUAGCACUGGGUUUGGGUUUGGGACGUCCACAGGAACUUCCAGUGGCUUGUUUGGAACGGCAAGUACAGGAGGAGGCCUCUUCUCAUCCCAAAACAAUGCCUUUGCACAGAACAAGCCUGUGGGCUUUGGUAACUUUGGGACAAGUACCAGCAGCGGUGGCCUUUUUGGAACCACUAACACAACCUCCAACCCCUUUGGGGGUACAUCUGGCUCCCUCUUUGGGUCAGCUAGCUUUACAGCUGUUCCAACUGGCACUACCAUUAAAUUCAAUCCGCCAACUGGGACUGACACCAUGGUGAAAUCUGGAGUCAGUACGAACAUCAGCACCAAACAUCAGUGUAUUACUGCAAUGAAAGAAUAUGAAAGCAAAUCACUGGAGGAGCUUCGUCUAGAGGACUACCAAGCAAACAGGAAGGGUCCCUCCAACCCUGUUGGAACUGGAGCCACGCCAGGGUUGUUUGGAUCAUCCACUGCCACGUCCAGUGCAGCCACGGGGCUCUUUGGUUCCUCCACCACAAAUACAGGCUUUUCAUACGGACAGAAUAAGACAGGCUUUGGGACCAGUACAACAGGUUUUGGAACAGGAACUGGCAGCCUCUUUGGCCACCCCCAGCCGACAACCACCUUCAACAAGCCCUUGGUCAGCCCACUACGAGCGAACACAGGCUUUUCGUUUGGGAAUACCAGCACCCUUGGACAGCCCAAUACAAAUACAAUGGGUUUAUUUGGAGCAGCGCAGCCUUCGCAGCCAGGAGGCCUUUUUGGAACAGCCGCCAACACGAAUACGGCCACUGCCUUUGGAACUGGGACAGGGCUCUUUGGAACAGCCAGUACUGGAUUUGGAGUUGGCAGCUCGUCCCUGUUUAGCAACAAGCCUGCUGGGUUUGGAACCACAACCACCAGCGCACCCUCCUUUGGAACAACGACAACUGGACUUUUUGGUUUUGGUGCAAACACCACUGGGAACAGCCUUUUUGGGAAUAAGCCAGCCACGGGGGCCCUGGGAACUGGACUCGGAACAGGAUUUGGGACAGCCCUCAAUCCAGGGCAGACCUCGUUGUUUGGGAACACCCAGCCAAAACUAGGAGGCACACUGGGGACAGGAGCAUUUGGCACCCCUGGAUUUAAUACAUCAACAGCCACCCUUGGCUUUGGAGCUCCCCAGCCCGCUGUGGCUUUGACAGACCCAAAUGCUUCUGCAGCCCAGCAAGCAAUUCUUCAGCAGCACCUCAACAGCCUGACUUACUCCCCCUUUGGAGAUUCCCCACUUUUCAGAAACCCCAUGUCUGACCCCAAGAAGAAAGAAGAGAGGCUCAAGCCAACCAACCCGGCGGCCCAGAAGGCGUUGACCACUCCCACCCACUAUAAGCUGACCCCUCGCCCUGCGACCCGAGUGCGUCCAAAGGCUUUGCAGACAACGGGCUCCUCCAAAUCCCACCUCUUUGAUGGCCUGGAUGACGAUGAGCCUGCCCUCUCGAAUGGGGCUUUCAUGCCCAAGAAGAGCAUUAAGAAGCUGGUCUUGAAGAACCUUAACAGCAGCAGUCUCUUCUCUCCUGUCAGUGGUGAAGGCAACGACCUUGCUUCGCCCCUGGAGUACCCAGAGAACGGAGAACGAUUCAGCUUCCUCUCCAGGUCGAUGGAAGAGAACCAUCGGCAGGACGGGGAGCAGGAGGAAGAAGACACCUCUCGCGAAGUGACGCGGUUCUACUCCAACCCCAUCGCCAAGCCCAUCCCACAGAGUCCUGAGAAGGCCAUGCACACGCAUCACAACAAUGUGGACGACACCAUCAUGGUCCUGAACGCAAGAGCACCUCUGCGGAAUGGGCUGGAAGGCAGCAGUGAGGACAUCUCCUACCAUGAAGAGUCCCUGCAGGAUGGCCACGAUGAAGAGACGCAGGAUAUACACCAUUCGCAUCCUGCUGGAAUUGUUUUAACCCGGGUUGGGUACUACACCAUUCCAUCCAUGGAAGAACUAGCCAAAAUGACCAGCGACCAGGGGGAGUGUAUCGUGACGGACUUCACCAUAGGCCGCAAAGGCUAUGGCUCAAUCUACUUUGAAGGCGAAGUCAGCCUCACUAACCUGAAUUUGGAUGAGAUCGUGCACAUCCGCAGGAAAGAGGUCAUCGUCUACCCGGAUGAUGAAUUGAAACCACCCAUUGGAGAAGGCUUGAACAGGCGAGCUGAAGUCACUUUAGACGGAGUUUGGCCUACAGACAAAACCUCACGUUGCUUGAUCAAGAGUCCCGAACGGCUGGUAGAAAUGAACUACGAAGGCAGGCUGGAGGCUGUCUCUCGGAAGCAGGGUGCCCAGUUCAAAGAGUACCGCCCUGAGACUGGUUCAUGGGUAUUUAAGGUGGCUCACUUCUCAAAAUACGGCUUGCAAGAUUCUGAUGAAGAGGAGGAGGAAGGCCACCCCUCAAAAGUGGAGGCAAAGAAAUUAAAAACAGCUCAAAUUCCCCCAGCAGGCCAGUUGAUGUCUCAGCAAAUGGCUCUAAGUGGAAAGCCAGCAGCACCCGCCAAGAGCCCAGAAGCUGAGCAGCUGGAAAAGGGUGUGGAGUUUGACAGCGACAUGGCAGACAUCAGUCAGGAGCCCGCUCAGGCUUUUGCUGCAGAAGAAAGCCUUAUGGAGGAUCAGGAGCCAGUGCCUGCCUCCACCCACAUUGCAUCUUCUCUGGACAUCAACCCUCACACUUUGCAGAUCAUGAAGGCAUCAUUGCUUGUGGAUGAUGAAGAUUUGGACUUGAUUCUGGAUCGCCGCUUGAGUAGACAAGCUGCAGCCCCAGGCACUUCCCAGGAGAUCUGCUCCCCCAGACUUCCCAUCUCCUCGCUGCCGCAAGGACGGAAGAGCCGCCUCUCAGUUGGUGGGUUGCUGCAGUCAAGGCUUUCCAGGAGCUCUCUCCUUCUCCCCCCAUCUGCCUCCCUCCAGGACAGCCGUGGCCAACGGACGUCGUCUCUAGCAGGCCCUCUUCCCACAUCGCCUUGGCCAACCCUUUCUCCCCUGACUUCAGUCUUCACAAUGUCCAGCCCAGCACCUGAAGUACCUCUGAAAACAGUUGGUGUCCGCAGGCACCCUGGGCUCGUGCCCCUGGAAAAGUCCAUCACCAAUGGGAAGGGGAGGCUGCUGAAGGACAUGGCACUCUUCAUGGGCCGCUCUUUCCGUGUCGGCUGGGGACCCAACUGGGUUCUGGUCCACAGCGGUGAGCGGCUGAGUACAUCAAGCGAGCCAGAAGACCUCCAAAGUGAGUCCAUGGAGUAUGGGUUCUUGCCCACGCCUGUUGCUCCAAAACAGCUCUCAGAGUCUCCCUUCAAGGUUCAUGUAGAAAAGCUGAGCUUGGAAGGAAAAACAGCUGAGAGAAGUCUACACUUGUACCUCGCUCCCUUAGAAAUCAAGCUGAAGCACAGCACUGUUCAUAUGGACGAGCCCUGCCCCCUCUUGACCCCCAACCCUGGCAUGGCAGCCAUCCAUGAGUUUGCCACAUGGACUGUGGAGACAUGUGAAGACCCAGAAGAAAUGGAAGUGGUAAAAGACUGGUGUCUGGUGUGGACCUUGUGCGAAGCACUCUGGGGGCACUUGAAGGAGCUGGAGGCCUGCCUGGAAAAGCCCAGCGAAUAUGUCUUGGCCCUAGAACGCCGGAAGGCCUUCUCUCGCUGGCUGUCCCAGACAGCCGCUGAGCGCAUCAAGGAGGAGGUUUCACUUAGUCAGAACAGCAAUCCUGCAGAAGCCGUCUUCAGCUACCUCACCGGCAAACAGAUCAGGGAAGCCUGUCGGCUGGCACAGCACUCUGGUGACCACAGGCUGGCUCUGCUCCUCUCACAGCUGGUUGGGAGCCAGGAGGUCCGGGAGCUCCUUGCCUUGCAGUUGGCAGACUGGCAUCAGCUCCAGGCAGAUUGCUUCAUCCAGGAGGAGAGGCUGCGCAUAUAUGCCCUGCUAGCUGGGAAGCCGGUGUGGCAGUUGUCAGAGAGGAGAAGCCUCAAUGUCUGUUCCCAGUUGGACUGGAAGCGGUCUCUUGGCAUCCACCUCUGGUACCUGCUUCCUUCCACGGCUUCCCUUUCCAAGGCCCUGUCUGUGUACGAAGCAGCCUUCCAGGACUCACUGGAGCGUGACACGUAUGCCUGUCCUCCCCUACCUCCCUAUCUGGAAGGGUCCAACUGCCUGGUUGAGGAAGGGGAUUUGCACCACCCGCUGCGAGAUGUCUGCUUUCACCUCUUAAAACUGUACAGUGACAGAUGCUACGAUCUCCACCAGCUGCUUGACCCAAAGAGCAUCACCGGUGACCCCUUGGACUACCGCCUCAGCUGGCACCUGUGGGAAGUGCUGCGUGCCUUGAAUUACACCCACCUCUCGGAGCAGUGCCAGGGGGUGCUGAAUGCCAGCUACGCGGCCCAGCUGGAGAGCGAGGGGCUGUGGGAAUGGGCAGUCUUUGUGCUACUCCACACGCCCAGUGCCCACAUGCGUGAGAGAGCUGUGCGCGAAAUGCUGAAUCGCCAUUGCCAGUUAAUGGAAACGCCGGAUUCCUGGGAGAAAGAGGCCUUUCUCACGGAGAGGCUCUGUGUGCCCCCAGCGUGGAUUCACGAGGCAAAGGCCAUGAAGGCCCGGAGGGAGGGUGACCAGCACAAGGAGGCCCUGCAUCUGUUCCGGGCAGGUCAUUGGAACCUGUGCCACCGGCUGUUGGUCAGGCACUUAGCUUCAGAUGCCAUCAUUAACGAAAACUACACCUACCUGAAAGGAUUCUUAGAAGACCUGUCUGCCCCAGAACGCAGCACACUCAUCCAGGAUUGGGACACUGCAGGGCUGGUUUUCCUGGACUACAUUCGGGUCAUUGAGAUGCUCAACAGGAUUCAGCAGCUGGAUUGCUCCAGCUAUGAACUGGAGGAGCUGCACACCAAAGUGAUUUCGCUCUGCAACAGAAUAGAGCUGGUCCCUUGCCACAAUGCCAAGGACAGAUUGGCCCAGUCUGAAAUGGCAAAGCGGAAUGCAGACAUCUUGCGGGUGGUGCUGAGCCUGCAGCACCCUCUGGACUCGGCCUCAAGGGGCAGUGUUCCUGAUGUGCAGCGGGUGCCCUUGCGGCUCCUGGCUCCCCACAUCGGACGGCUGCCCAUGCCUGAAGACUACGCCCUGGAGGAGCUGCGUGGCCUCACCCAGUCUUACUUGCGAGAACUGACAGUGGUGGCCCAGUGAGGCUGGCCUGCUUCUUGCACCCUUUGAACAUUUCGCUGGUCUUCUUGUCUCUUGUUUUUGGGGAGGAAAGGGUACGCUCCCUCUUCUGCCAGCAACACCCUCUCCAGCAAAGCAGAACUGCCUGCCUGCCUGUGGAUGCUGCCAUGGGCUACGACUCACUGGCUUCUGGCCACCCCUUCAGGGGUAGAGUGCAAAGACACAUUGGUAAUACACAGAUGCCUCCCCCCUGCCUGCCCCCCCCCCCAAUUGCUGAAUAAAGCUUGCUGCAGCUGAAGCCAGCCAUUGUGGUGAAGGCCUGACCCAUGGAAGGGAGGGAGCAAGGCAGCAGCGGAGCACCUUCCAGACUUCUUACAGAUGACUGUGGAAAUUGUGUGUGUGUGUAAUCGAGUCUCCCUUUGAUUGAUCCCUGGCCCAGAGAGCUUGUCUAGUCUUCUGGUAGGAGAAGGCCAAGAACGGGGUGGCUUUGGAGAGGGCAGUGUGUUCCACAAAGGUGGUGGUUGUUUGACAGGACGCGCACCAGGUGUGUCUCCCUUCAGCACAGCAAUCCAGCCUGGGCUGUCAGGGCAGCUGUGGGUCAAGGGCAAGUCUCUCCAGAUUCUCACAGAGGAGGGCAGGAAGAUUGGGCCCUCCAUGCUUUCAAACUCCUUCCCCCACCCCAAAACCUUCUGGUUGCCUGACUUUUUCAUGGUCAUUUUUAAAAAGAGCUGAGCUGCUCUUGUUCUUUCUUAUCAGCUGCACAAAGCAGACCUCUUUGCAAAUACUGAGGACACAGCUUCUCUUGAGGCUACCCACUCUUGAGACAGACAGCCUGAAGUUGUGGGGUUCACCUGGUUGUGGGGUUUGUUGGUCCAGGGAGCUUUACCCUCUGGGAGGAAGGGACUUUCAACCCCUCCGGCUGUCCUGCAAGGGCAGGUGUGCAUGGGUGUGUGUAAAGCGGCCAGAAGCCCUGUUUGCACAAUCGGAGCCGAGGGCCUAGGCGGGUGUUGGUGGCUGCUGCUGCCCAUUCAGGUGGAUGCAGGGGUCCAGUGGGGCAUGGGUUCCUGGACCCCUGGAACUGGGGUCAGUCUGUGUUGGGGUGAGGGUUGCCAGCAGCAGUGUGGUUACGCAUGAACAUUAUGUAAAGGUUUUUAUUGAAACUAUAAAUAAAUGAUCCAGAUUAUUUUCUUGUCUGUUUCUCUGGAAAUACUUUCUAAGAAAAAUUAAAAAACGUUUAUAGCA